AGUACGUAUUUGUCGUAAGUCAACUACGCAGGGCAGCAGCUGUCACUCAAAGGGCAUUUAAAUGGCUGCACUGUACAUUACUGCAUAUCGUACAGUACGAAAACAAUGAUAUGGCUACCAGUAUACCUCAUAGCGUAACCGAGCGUCUUUGCUCUUACUGCAGCGACUGUUUUGCGGAUUAAUACCGAAGAAGCAUAUAUAUUUUUUUCUUAUCCAGCAUUAACACCGUUGGCAUAAAUUGCUUUAAAAUGAGCGAGGAGGAAGAGAGUUUGCAGAAAACGAAACAGGGCUUUGAAGACCUCUGCCGAGCCCUUAAUAUGGACGAGGAGGCGCGCAGCGAAGCAUGGAAAAAUUAUGAAAAUAUUAAUAAAAAUUACACCCUAGAGGGCAGUGAAUUGCACUGGCUCGCCUGUGGCCUGUACGUUGCCUGCAGGACAUCAGUCCCGACUGUGGGUAAGGGCACGUCUGAGGGCAACUAUGUGUCCCUGACCAAGAUCCUCCGCUGCUCAGGGCUCAGCCUUAUCGAGUUCUUUAACAAGAUGAGAAAGUGGCACGACAUGGCCAGCCUGCCACCUGAAUUCCGGCAGCGGACAGACAAGCUGGAGAGGAACUUCACUGUGUCGGCGGUCAUCUUCAAGAAGUACAUCCCAAUCUUCCAGGACAUCUUCAAGCCUCCUUCCGAUGACCCCCCCAGGGUUCAGAGGGGACGCAAACAGCGACGACAUCCCUGCACCGUGACAGAAGUCUUUAACUUCUGCUGGACCCUGUUUGUGCAUGCUAAAGGGAACUUCCCCAUGAUCAGCGAUGACCUGGUGAACUCCUACCAUUUGCUGCUGUGUGCACUGGACCUGGUCUACUGCAACGCUCUGCUCUGCUCCAGCCGCAAGGAGCUGCUCAACCCCACCUUUAAAGGUCUCCCCGAGGACUUCGGCACCAAGGACUUCAGACCAGGUCUGGGCUCACUCUGCUUCAUCGAGCAGCUGUGCCAGCUUCACGAUGGCCUGGUGCUGGAGGCCAAGGGUGUGAAGGAGCACUUCUGGAAGCCCUUCAUCCGGAAACUCUUCGAUAAGAAGGUUCUCAAGGGAAAAGAUGAAAGCCUGACUGGCUUCCUGGACCCGGCAAAUUUCGGAGACAGUCUUGCCUCUUUGGGCCGGGUAUACGAAGAGCACGUGCUGUCUACGGGCAGCCUGGACGAGAGGGUUUUCCUGGGUGAAGGUGCCAGCGAGGAGAUUGGCACGCCGGGACCCUGUCUCUGCUCAGGCGGCAUAGAGGACAUGGAGAAGCCCACACACAAGCCGCAGGGCGCUGCGCCGUCUGUCCGCGUGGCCACACCCCUGACCGGCCGCAAGUGUGAGCCGGAUGGUGGCGGGGGCACGCCUGUCUCCACGGCGACGCAGAGCGUGGGUCGCCUGCAUGGCCUGCUGUCGGGAAUGAGACAGGGCCCCAGCGAGAGGCUGGCCCAGACCCUCAGGGCAUGUACCAGAGACCCCAGCGAGGCCAUUGCCUGCAGGCUAAGGGAUAUGUGUGAGCAGUUCUGCCAGCAAUAUCAAGGGAACAGCGAAGAGAGCACCAGCCUGGCCCAAGAAAUCGGGGCAAAGUACUUCCGUCUGGCUGAGGCUCUAUACUACAAAAUUCUGGAGUCUGUCAUCGACCAAGAGAAGAGGAGGCUGGGUGACUGUGACCUCUCUGGAAUUUUGGAACAGGACGUGUUUCAUCGCUCUCUGCUCGCCUGCUGCUUGGAGAUCGUCAUCUUCUCUUAUCGCCCGCCAGGAGAGUUCCCCCGAGUCAUUGAGAUCUUUGACUUGCCACCAUAUCACUUUUAUAAGGUGAUUGAGGUACUGGUGAGGACAGAAGAGGGUCUGUUCCGGGAGGUGGUCAAACACCUUAACCGUGUGGAGGAGCAGGUUCUGGAGAGCUUGGCCUGGAGGAGUGGGUCCCCACUCUGGGACAGCAUCCGGGGGGCCAAGUACCGCGUGCCCACCUGCCAGGAGGUCAUGCCCCCCCAGCACUUUGAGAGCGCAGAUGGGGCCACGGCUGGCAGUCCCCUCACCCCAAGCCAAGCGAACGAGUCUCGGACCAACACUGGCGGGCCCACCAGGGGUGUGCUGGCAUCCCCUGCUACCCUCCAUGGCCGUUACGGAUCUCCGCCCACAGGCUCGGCCCGCCGCCGCCUCUUCCCGGACGGCGAGGCUCCCUCAGAUCCUGCCACGCCCGUCAGGGUGCCCCAGUCACCCCUCAUCAGCACCAUCGCAGCAGGCCAGACGGUGGUCACCAUGGCAACGGCAACCGUCACGGCCAACAACGGCCAGACAGUCACCAUACCUGUACAGGGGAUUGCCAAUGAAAAUGGAGGCAUCACGUUCAUCCCGGUGCAGGUGAGUGUGACCGGGCAGGGUGGAGGGACCCUGCAGCCCCUCACCGCACAGGCCCUAGCCGGGACCCUCACCGCGCAGCAGAUUGCCGGCGUCACCUCCCCGGCCACAGCCCAGGGCAGCCCCUCUGCAGGACAGCAAGCCAAGAAGGCGGAGCCUCAGAGCUCAGGCACCAGCAAACCCCCCAAAACCGGCUCCCUCUCGCUCUUCUUUCGUAAGGUGUACCACCUGGCAAGCAUGCGCCUCCGAGACAUGUGCGUCAAGCUGGACAUCUCAUCCGAGCUGCGUCGGAAGAUCUGGACAUGCUUCGAAUACUCGCUGGUGCACUGCACAGAUCUCAUGCUGGACCGCCACCUGGACCAGCUUCUCAUGUGUGCCAUCUACAUCACGGCCAAGGUGACCAAGGAGGACCAGUCCUUUCAGAACAUAAUGAGGUGCUACAGGACGCAGCCGCAGGCCAACAGCAGCGUGUACAGAAGUGUCCUGAUCUCAGGAAGGAGCAGGAGUCACUCUGGGAGCAGUGAACACGAGGGGCGUCAGACGUCUCCAGGCGAGAGCAGCGCACGAGAUCACAAUGGCAGUCCUGUGCCCGUGCGUUCCAGCAGCACGCUGCCCGUCCCCCGGCCUGAGAGCGCCCCUGCAACGCCUGCGCGACUCACUGGUGCCCCCACAGGGGCUCAGGAGGAAGAGGAGCAGGGCGAUCUCAUCAGCUUCUACAACAGAGUCUACGUCAAACAGAUGCGCAGUUUCGCGCUGCGCUACUCCAGUGGCUCGUUGGCCACACAAGGGGCGGAGGCUCCGCCUCUGUCCCCGUACCCCUCCCUGAGGACGGGGUCCCCGCGCCGGGUGCUCCUGUCCCACAAUUACUCCAUCUACAUCUCCCCCCACAAGAAUGACAGCCCUCUGUCCCCCCGAGACAAGAUCUUCUACUAUAUCAGCACCAGCCCGUCCAAGCGACUGCGUGAGAUCAACAGCAUGAUCAAGACUGGGGAGACACCCACCAAGAAGCGCAGCAUGGCGCUGGAAGAUGGAGGGGGACUGUCGCCCGCCAAGCGGCUGUGCCAGGAGAACCAGACGGCCCUGUUACGCAGGCUGCAGGACGUGGCCAACGACCGCGGCUCCCACUGAGGCUCCCCUCAGAUCAGCAGGCCUCCCGCUCAGCAGCCAUCCCACCCAUCAUGAGUGGAAAUCUGAAUCUGAUCCGGGAUCAGAGGUUAAGGAUGAGACGCCACAAUCAUGCCAGCAACUCCAGCAUCAUAAAUGGAGUCAAAGUUUUAUGGGUCAGAAUUUGCAGUGUUUGGCAUAGAUGUAGGAUUGAUGUCUUUCAGACGUCACUCUGCGACUGAGGUGAAUAAAGUAGCCUGGGCUGUGUGUGUGUGUCUCGGGGGGGGCACCCAGCUCAGACGUAAAGCAGGGAAUCACUUCCUAAAUCCAAGCACAGUUUUUUUUCCCAAGUCCGGGAUGGGCUACCCUGUUAAAAAGUACCAAGCAGGGUGUUUUAGUGCGGAAUGAUAUCUUUUUUUAGAGAGAGAGAAAAAGAUGUUACACAGGACAGAUUUUAGGUGAUUACAUUCUAGACUUUGACUGAUUUAUAUGAGAUAGUUUUAUUACCACAUGCUAUUUUUACUAACUACCGCCAUUUUAGAUAACUUCCCUUAAACGUGCAUCGCUCCUUUACAGCAGCACGCCCUCGCCUUCCUCUCAGCCCUGCCCGGUACCCAACGUCUAAUGACCGUUGCCUGUGUUUGAAAACAGAAUCACUCGGUUUUCUGUGCCUGGCAAACUCCUUCAGAACUGUACAUAUCUGUAAAUAAGAUUAAUUUUAGUCGUUGGUAUAAUUGCGAAGUGCCUUUCAGUUGAUUUCUGUUGGAUUUUGCUUUUAUCCAUUUUAAGUAUUUUGCCUUAUUAACUUAAUGCACAAGCUGUUUGACUCAAAACACUUCUGUUCAGCUUCCCCCCCCCCCCCCCCCGACAAUAAAAAAAUACAAACUUUUUAUUAUUUUUGAACAUACACCUACAAUAACAGCCCUGCUUUUACUCAUGAAAAAUAAUUUUAACCAUACUUUACUCAUACACUGUUUCAGCUGAAGUGCCUUAGAAAUUAUAUAUGUGUGUGUGUGUGUGUGUGUGCGCGUGUUUUAUUCAUGUAUGUAUAUAUGUAUGUCUAAUUUUAUCCAACCACCUAUCUUCCAAUACCUUAUCCUGGCCAACAUCACAUUAUAUAUAUUUCCAUUUCCAUCUAUUACCAUUUCAAUCUUUUUGCCACUUACACAGAGUGUGGUGGUGGGGAGGGGCGUCUGUGGCCAGGUCAUAAGGCUGGGGCACACCCUGGGUGGGAAGGUUUUUAUUAUUCUUUUUAAUGCUUUCUAUUUUGCACCUGUACGAUAUGAAUCACGCCAACUUCAGCCAGUUGAUACUACUGUCCACCAGAUGGCGCUCAUGCCACAUUACCCAAGACAAACGAGAGUGUCAAGGGAGCUGCAGUGAAAUAUUCAACGAUAUUCUGUGUACUAAUGGGCUUAACAUUACUGUUUAGUUUUGAUAUAAAUCUAUUUUCUAAAUAGAAAA